AUGACCAAAGGUUGUUAUACCUGUCGCCGCCGCCGCAUCAUCUGCGAUAAUGGCCAGCCCACCUGCAGGAAGUGUCACGAUGCGGGGAAAGAAUGUCUUGGUUACCAGAAGCCUCUGGUCUGGGUCAAAGGUGGCGUGGCCAGUCGCGGCAAGAUGAUGGGCCGCAGCUUCGACGAUGUGAAACAACCAGCAGACAGCUCGAAAUCCCAACAUACCACUCAAGUGCAAGCUUCCACGGCACCGAAUACCGGAUUUGGAUUUUCCCCUAUAGCUGAAACGUCGUCCGACACCGAGUCACCGGGAUCUGGAACCCAUACGAGCCCCGAACAGCAUACUUGGGCUCUGGAACCGUCUGAGGAUAUAACUUUCAGAGCUGAAGAUGCAGAAACACUGCUGAAUUUCAGUCCACCGGAGGAGCCCGAAACCAGGGUAGUUCAUGUCCCUCGGGAUACCGUUCAGUCCCAGUACAUCCCGGCCCCGUGGGGACUGGUAGAUCCUAUGCUUAAAGGUCUCAGCCAGACUGCACGUUUCUACCUCUAUCACUAUAAUCAAAACAUGGCAGAAGACUUCGUGGUGUAUGACCAGACCAAGAAUCCGUGGCGAGAUAUCAUUGCGUUGGUCGGCGACUCGCCCGUUCUCGCACAUGGCUUAUCUGCCAUGGGAGCACUUCAUUACUCACUUAUGACGAAUUCAGACUCUUCGGUGAUGCCUUGGACAUCCUAUGACCCCACGCCUGGCCCUUCUCACCUGUCCCCAGAGGAAAUCGAAACCAUGAUGAUGCCCGCCAGCGCACGACGGCCUACGUCCCAGCCAUACCAACAUUUCCUUGAAUUUAAGCAGCGAACGCUUGGCCAGCUGUCUAAGGAUCUGACAAAUCCUGAAAUGCAAAAUGACGAUCGGACCUUGGCCGCCAUCGUUGUCCUCGCUCUUUUGGAUCUCUUCGAGUCGGGUAGCGGCGCAUGGAGUUAUCAUAUUGAAGGCGCAAAGAAGCUUCUUCGAAGUCGACCCGAAAACGAACUUGGAAAAGGCAUUCUCCAAGGACUCGAAACAUUUGCAAUCGACGGGUGUUUAAUAAUGGAAAUCAUGGGAUCUACACUCGCACGUCCGGGUGUUCUCUCCAAGCCCUUCUACUCCGAUACCCUGAGACCAGCCAUGCUCAAAAGACUCGAAGUAACAUCUUGGGUCGGGUGCCCAGCCUACCUCCUUGAAGUCAUCUUCUUCGUUCACGGCCUCUGGUACCCAGACUCCGAUGCCACCACCAAUCCGCAACCUACAGCUUUCCUCCAAUCUAUGCAGCAAGAUCAAGGUAUCACCUUCGAGUCAUUUGCUGCACUCCUCCAAGGCAUUCGCAACUUCGAUCCAGCCGCCUGGGCUCAAGAAAUGCAGGCCUUCUACUUCAUCUCUGACCUUUCUUGCCGCACCGCCCUCGCCGCCUCCUACAAAGCCGCCGUCUACCUAUACACCAGCCGUGUACUCUCCCGCGCAAGACAGGGCUUCUCACCCCCCUGGACCGACAUCGGCGUCCCAGCUGACCACCCUCUCGUCUGCAGUGAACUCAUCACCCAAAUCUGCUCCGUUCCUCCCUCCGACCCGCACUUCAAAUGUCUCAUCUGGCCCACCUUCAUUGCUGGCGCCGAAUGCCCCCGCUCGCAGCGCGCACUCAUCCUCGAGGAGCUGGGCGCCCUCUACAAUGCGGUCACCAGCGUCAACGUUCGCAACGCCGCCUGGGUCCUUCGUCUCAUGUGGGAGAAACAUGAUCUCAAACGGUCCAAGCGUCACGGAAACUUUUCUUCGGGAUUCGCGGGUGAACAGAUGGAAAGCGGCAUUUUUGAAUACGAUAACGACAUCUACAACGAUGAAGUCGACAGUGCAUUCGACUGGAUCGAUGAAAUGGACGAGUCGCGUCUAGAUUGGCUCUUCAUCUGA